UGGAGUGGAUGUCGACAUCUGAUAUUGGCCACCCACGCAAGCACAGAACUCGCCUGCAAACCAACAAAAAACACCAGUCUUAAAAGCAAUUGACUUUGUCCGUUAUUAACUCCUGCAUAGUUUUCUCUGGCCACGCUAUAAUCGAUCUUGGACGGCUUUUCGCUGUUGGCAUAGGAGACCCCUGCAGCGACUGUUCUGAAGCUUCGAAUCCAAGAAGUUAGUUUGGAUGUUCAUCACCAACCACUCCGUAUACUGAGAAACAUGAGUGCUCGCGCACCAUGGCGAUGCUGCGCGCCCGCAAGGAGUCACAUCUAUGCUAAUCCACGCAUACAUUUUGCACAUCAAGCCAAGCACACCCUUGCUCGCCCCGUUCGGAAACCAGUCGCUCGUCAGGAAAAGAAGCCCGCCGCGCAUAACGAAAUCAUAAACCCACCACGAUCGACGCGACCGCCGUUACUGGUCAACCCGUCGCGCGAGCAGUUCGAGUCGUACUGGAAGUAUCUGUUUGAAGUCGGCAAGGGGUACGUGACAUUCUACAAGGAGGGUCUCAAGGCCACGCUGGCCAACCGCAAGCUGGUGAAAGCGAAGAUCGAGCGCACACCAAAGGACGACCUACCCUCAAUAUGGAACCCGAAAUUUGUGCCCAAGACAUUCUCGCGAGCAGAUUGGGUGCUUCUGUGGCGGAACCGACAUGAUCUGGUCCGACUCCCCAUCUUCGGGCUGAUGGUUGUUAUCAUUGGGGAAUUCACGCCGCUGGUGGUGAUGCUCUUUGACGGGCUGGUACCCUACACAUGCCGCAUACCGUCUCAAGUGCUCCAUUCCCAGGAACGGGCGGAAACGCGUCGUGUGUUGGUGUUCAAUGAAUUCGAUGCGCGAUACCCAGGCGGCGUCUUUGACCCGAAACUGUCCCCGUACGCCGCACGAAACCAUGUCCUGCGGACGCUUUACUUGUCUGGCGACAUGUGGGAGACGUUGCGCAUCGUGCCGCCGGGUAUGUGGCAAAUCAAGGGCAAAUUGCGUCUGGCCUUCCUGGAGGGCGACGACAAGAACCUCAUCAAAGACGGCGGGCCCAUGGACCUUGUCAAUGAAGAGCUGCGCAUUGCAUGCGCCGAGCGUGGCAUCAACAUCCUAGGCAAAAGCGAGACGGAGCUGCGAGGUUGGCUCUCCGACUGGUUGAGGCUGACUGCUGCCGAGGAUGGCAUCGAGAGAAGGCGCCGCAUGACAGUGCUGCUUUUGACACGGUACGUGGACCUCUUCACGGGGAGAAUCAAAUGUUGACCAAGUUACAGACCCGAGCAGUGGCCCCAGACCCGCGAUUUCCCAGUUCCUGAGUGGACUUUGUGAGUAGCUGUCUUGUCAUAUGUAUAAAAGCUGUAACAACAGGUGGCUAGGGCACGUAGAAGACAUGGCAAACAUUUCAUCGCAAUGGGGGAUACAUCACAACCUGCCGCACAAGCAGGAAAUCAGUGUGCAUGGACUGCUUGUGAAUGUGCUGUAUUACUUUCUACAUCUCCUUGGUUAGCCAGGUUGCUUUCCAGCUGUACUAUCAAAAAGAUGCCAGAAUCAGUUAGAAAGUGCCCCAAGCUUCGUUGGUAUCUCGAUCCUUCCGAAC